AUGUUGGAGCAAAACCCACCUCAGGAUCGUCUCGAGGCACUCGAACUUCAGCUCUGCGAUGCACAGAUCGUAGUGGAACGCGCCGCCGCGAAUAACGAGCCGCUCCCUGUGCAGGAGCUGGCGAGUCUACAAGUCGAACGCGUCGAGUUGGAAAUGAAGCAGGAGACGGCUCGCGCGUCGGGGCAGCUGCGACAGGUACCCGUCAUUUUGGUCGUAUUCGUUAUCUUUCAAACAUCUGACUGGUGCGAUUCACAGAGCGAUCUUGCGCUACAAGAUCUUGAACUCGCGCUACUCUCACGGCGGAUUGAUUGCGCUACCUUGGCCAUCAACGGCGCUAACGAGGCGCAGAGGCGUCUUGGCGAUUUGCAACUCAAGCGCGCGGCAUUGCUCUUCUCUCAACACAAGAAACACCUUCAACGCCCCGCCCCUUCAACCGCUCCUCCGUCGGCGUCUACUCCGGCAACCACUAGCUCGAGCGACCCAAUGACUAGGCCCGCGCUGUCAUCCUCUCGAGACUGGGCACCCGCUCCCGAUGCGUCGUUCGACUCCCCGUCCGGCCUCUCGCCUCCUACACCCCUCUGUCUGUCUCCAUCGUUACCUGCUUCGCCUCUUCGGGACUCGUCGCCUCGCACUUCCUCACUGGGCGGUCUCUCGACGCCCGGCGUUCUCGCCGACAAGACCGUUGUACCUGACUCCGGACCCAGUCUUGCUGUGGACGUCGACGACCAUGAAGAAGACGCGCAUGAUACUGGCGACGUCGAGCGCGAGCUCAUUGGCGAGUAUACGUGCCAGCCCGCGAGCGUCGCCAGCGAUGCGCCGACGCCUCGCAAGGAAUCGACUGCUAUCAUCGACAUCGACGAUGCCGGGGUGGCACAUGAUCUUACCCCGCCUCACGGUCAGUCGAAUUCAAAGUCGCCCGAUGCCCUCCCACUUGGCGAUCGUGAGCUUGGCGACGACACCACUUCGCCUGAGGACGAAGAUGCCCCGUUCUUGUUCGUGGGUUCUCCCCAUGCGCCCAGGACCGUCUUGGAGGCGCGCGCGAACAAGUCGGGUAUGCCGCCGAAGACGUCUCCGGAGGCGUGCGCGAACAAGUCGAGUUCGCCGCUGAAGGAUUUGAUUAAGGCGCGUGCGAAUAAGUCGGCUUCGCCGCUGAAGGCAUCCCCGAAGGCGGAUGCCAAACCUGGCAAGUCCGUCGCGUCCACCAGGAAGAGCGGCGCGUGCAAGGAGCCGACCGCUUUUCCGCAGCGCUGGAUGUUUCGAGUCCUCAACUUCGGUGCAGCGGCUCUUCGGACGUCUUCCGACUGGCCCGAAUCUAUCUGUCGCGAAGUUGCUGUGCUUUGGGCUGCCGUCGUUUCUUGGGAGACUCGAAACGAUUUUAAGGUCAGUUCUCCCUGUGCUUUUGUGAGUAUGUACUCAUUAGACGACCGCCAGGAUGGAACUGCAAAAGCACCCGCACAGUCACCGCUGAUGGGGGCCAUUGUGUCCAAGUCGCGCUUCGGGCCGAACUUCCAGGACGUCAUCAAAAAGGAGCCCGACUUCUCUACACGCGUCGCUCGCUGUAUCGAUGGCCUUCGUCAUACGCUGCUCGCGGACGUUGUCAAGAUGCACGGCACGCACGGCAUCGCGGCAGUUGCACGCGCUCUCCUGGAAGCCUACAACAGCGACGAAUCCUUUGGUGGCUUUUUUUCGCCCCUUGCUCGUGAACUCGCGACCAUUCUGGACAUUGCGACUGAAGUCUCUCCCAUCCAUACGGACGACGACGACGACGCCCAAGCCGUCGGUCUCACUGGUACAGUUAUUGAAGCUCUCAACGCCCGUGACGGCUACGAAGCGGCUCCCGCCACUCGUGCUAUUCAUGCCCUUCUAGCACUUGCAGGCAACGAAAAGAAGCGCGACGCGUCGCAUCUGGACGCCGAAGCCGGACCUUCCAAACGUGCUCGCCGUUCACCUGACGAAUAA